AUGCCUCUGAGCUCUUCUCCAGCCUCGUAUGCUUCCUCCUCGACACCUCUCUGCAAUCCAGCACCUUCCAUGCGUGGCCAGCAACGCGAUGUGAGGUCAAUAAAUAAAAGCUUAGUCUUGCCUGCGAUCGAUAGUUUGAAGAUCUCGGAGUCGACGCAACUGGGCUCUCCCGAUUCCGGAACCAAAAUAUUGCCUGCUUCUUACGAGUUGGUUGACUCGCGCGACUUGGUCGUAUUGAUCACCAACCUGAUCAUGGAGUUAAUCAGUAUCAAUGACAAAAUUCCACUUCAUCAGCAUCGGCUGACUCGGUUUCACUCGCGAUCUCCACCGCAUAUUUCUGUGCACGACUACCUCCGACGAUUGGUCGAGCACGCUAAUCUUCCGCCUUCAAUUCUCCUCAGCAUAGUGUAUUACAUUGACCUGCUCUGUGAUAUGUAUCCUGGAUUUGCCAUUACCAGUUUGACAGUCCACCGCUUUUUGAUUGCCAGCGCAAUGGUCGCUAGCAAAGCCUUGAAUGACACCUUUUGGACCAACCAGACGUACGCUCGGAUAGGCGGAGUUAGUCCAACGGAACUUGCCAUGCUAGAGCUUGAAUUUCUUUUUCGGGUGAAAUGGCAAAUCGUUCCCAACCCGGAAAGCCUAAUUAAUUACUACCAUUCUCUGGUUGAACGCUGCGGCGACUUCGAGAUUGAACACCCGGCGCUGUGA